GCCUCUUGGGCUCGAGACAGGGGGUCUCGGCUGGCGGAGGAGGAAGAUGGCGUCGUCAAGGCUCGGAGUCGGGUCGCGCGGGCUCCCGCCGCCGCCGCCGCUCUUGCUGCUGCUGCUGCUGCUCGGGCCCUGGCCGGCGGCGGGCCACGGCGGCAAGUACUCGCGGGAGAAGAACGAGCCCGAGCCGCCGCCGCAGCGCGAGCCCGGCGGGGAGUUCCGUAUGGAGAAACUCAACCAGCUGUGGGAGAAGGCCCAGCGGCUGCAGCUCUCCCCCGUGAAACUGUCCGAGCUCCAUGCAGACCUGAAAAUGCAAGAGAGAGAGGAGUUCGCCUGGAAGAAGCUGAAGGCUGAGGGCCUCGACGCCGACGGAGAGAGAGCAGCCAAGCUCCUGCGCAACCUCAGCGUGAUCCUGGCCAAGUACGGCCUGGACGGCAGGAAGGACGCCCAGGCCGUGAACAGCAACUACCUCAGCGACACCGCCGAGGACGACAGCCUGGGAGACCCCAAGCUGGAGAAGCUGUGGCACAAGGCGAAGAGCUCGGGGAAGUUCUCCAGCGAGGAGCUGGCCAAGCUGUGGCGGGAGCUCCAGCACCACAGGGAGAAAGUGCACGAGUACAACGUCCUGCUGGACGCCCUGAGCAGAACCGAAGAGACCCGAGAGAACGUCAUCAGCCCGUUGGACGUGAGCCGCGUCAAGGAGGACGUGCUGCACAGCAAGCACGCGGAGCUGAAGGACCGGCUGCGCGCCAUCAACCAGGGCUACGACCGCCUGCGCCAAGUCAGCCACCGGGGCUACGGCGGCACCGAGGCCGAGUUCGAGGAACCCCGAGUGAUAGAUCUGUGGGACAUGGCCAAGUCCGCCAACUUCACUGAGAAGGAGCUGGAGUCCUUUCGGGAGGAGCUUAAGCACUUUGAAGCCAAAAUUGAAAAGCACAACCACUACCAGAAGCAGCUGGAAAUCUCUCACCAGAAACUGAAGCACGUGGAGAGCUUCGGGGACCAAGAGCACGUGAGCCGGAACAAAGAGAAAUACGCCAUGCUGGAGGAAAAGACCAAGGAGCUGGGCUACAAGGUGAAGAAGCACUUCCAGGACCUGUCGGGCCGCAUCUCCAGAGCGCGCCACAAUGAACUCUGAAGGCCGGGGAGGAGCGGGGCGCCGGGUGGGGUCCGCCCAAGGACGGGCCCGGGCGCUCCGUGGCGGCGCUGGACACGAACAGAACCUUGGAGGAGGCGUGCUGGGGACUGGCCGGGCGUCCGUGGUGCGGGAGGACGGCUCCGACUCCCCGAGUGCCCGAUGGGGGCGUGUCGGACUCAUGAAUCUGCCCCUGGAGAUACCGCGUCCGGAAAAACAUGUCGCGGGAUUUAAAUCGUCUGACGUGA